UGUCUGUCUGUGUGUAUUUGUGUGUGCUUUACGUAUACAUAAAACACACAUUAACACACACAUGCACUCGCACACUAAACUAUGCCUAAAAGGACAGUGUUCAGUGAGUCAAUAUUGGUCUGGUCUCAUACUGUUUAUAUACCCUCCUUCUCAUCUGUUCUUCUCAUCAUGGCAAAGUGCGCCCAUUUUUAAUUGUUGUCUUUGAGAAAUCUUUUUAUCUGUCCACUGGUCAUGUCCCCUUUUCCAUUUGAUAAAGAUAUCAGUUUGGUUCACAACCUGUUGUGAACUAACAAGGGAAGAAAAAUUAAGUUUAGUCCUGAGGGAGAAUGAAAUUAAUUUCUAGGCACUUUGGCAUCCGUUUAUCUUUGAUUACAAUUUGGCAAGUUGGGAAUAUUUAGUCUAAACUAAAUGAGAUUCUCUUCAUGUUAUUUAUUGAGCUGCAUUCAAAGUUUGGAGCUAAUGGUCAUCUCAAGUCAUUAAGAGCGUAUCCCAUUUCAUGCUUGAUUUGUGCUCAUUUUCAUUCUGACAGUCCAUCAGCAGCCAUUAGUUCUUUUACUGCCCCUUCUCACACAACCCUUCUAACACACACACAAUCCUAAAACCUAAAUGCGCUCCUUAUUAUCAUCAAAAUAGUUUCUCGAAUUGAAUCCUUGUGCUUCUGCAUGUUUUCAAUAUUCCCAUUCCUGUCUUCGGUUGGUUUUCAUCCAGAACUGGCCAUUUUUCAUUCCUGAAGCUCUUCCCCCUCCACUUGUCUUCAUUCUCAUCCUCUAUCAGGCAAGAGAGACAUGAUGGUUGGCAUUAGUUGGAUGUUGAACAGUGGAUUAAGUGGGUAAUGCCUUGCGGUGGAUUUGAGGUGUAAUAGACAGUGUGCAGGUUGUAGAUAGAGACAGACUGAUAGACAGAUUAAAAAUAGAUAGAACUUAAUAUCCCAUCUCAUCACUACCCCUCUCUUUUGCUCUGUCACAUUUUCCUUCUUUCUUUACGUUGUGUUUGAUGCUUCGUCUCUACUUCUCACUGCCACACCUUUUUGGGAGCGCUGUUUUAAAGCAUCACCACUGCUAGACUGUGAGUUUUUAGCCUAUAUAUCCAUGGACAUCUACCUGAAAUUGACUGUGCACUCAGCCUUAAGGUGAAAAAUUACACCCAGUAGCGUAGGCCCACACCAGCCACUUUAGUCUCUUUUCUCCCGUUUCUUAUGGACUAAUAAAGUGGCUUAAUAAAUACCUCUUUCUUGAUUGUUCUGAGAGUGGGAUGUCAACAUGAAGGAAUAUGAAGGACCACUCGUUUUGCUCUGUCUUUGCUUUUGUAUCUCAACUCUGCUCCUCUGUAAAACAUCUCCACUACAGUCUAUAAAUUAUGUGUUACAGAAAAGAGUUAAUUAGGCUGAGAAAGAGGAGAGCGCAGAGCAGGCUGGCAAAUUGAUGAUCAUGACUGGCUAAAGCAAGCAAAGGCAAGGUGUGAAAGAAAGCCAAAGAAGAAGGAAGGAAGGGAAGAAGAAGAAGAAGAGGAGGAGUACGUACACACACAUGCACACACACUGCUGCUCAUUUCCUCAUCUCCAAGGCAACUGUGCUCACACGCUCGCAAACUUCUGGGAGGAGACCUCGGCGAGCUGUAUCACCAGCGUUGGAGGAAGUGGAAAGAGAAUCGGAUGGGAGGAGACGAAUGAAAGCACGUCCCUCCAUCACUCACCAUCAAUCAUCUUUAAUUCUUUUAUUGAGUUCACGCGCACGUUGACAUUUUGAGUUGAUGGUCAACUUUUAAAUUCCUCUAAGAUCUGAAUCAAAAGCAUAUUUCAACCAGUCAUCUUCCGCCAUACUGAUAACGCCCUAGCAUCGCCCACUUCCACCUUCAUCCAACCCAAGACCGCUCAUCCCUCGCCCUGCAAGACCCCACUUCAGUCUUCUGUGCGUGACUUCAUCUGUCUACCAUCCCUUCAUCCGAGGCUAUGAGAGGAGGAGUCGAAUCCCAGAUCACUCCAUCAUGCCAGUUCUGAAGAGUAGAGAGAAGAUCCGGGCUGGCAAUGUUCAAGGGACGGCAUUUACACUCCUCCACAAUGCUUGUCAGCCUCCACCCUUCUCCCUCCCGUCUUCAGGACAAGCGCUUCGUCUUCCCCUCCUCCUCCCCCCAUCCUCCUCCUCCUCCUCCAGACCAGCCCUCUCAUCAUCCUUAUUCUCAGUCUCGGCUGACCCUGCCCUUCCUCUCCUUGUCUUUCUCUCUGCUCCUCGUCUCCAUACUCCUCUUGCCCAUCUGCGAGUCUCGCAGGGGUGGAGGUCCAGGGACAGGGCCUGGAGGUGCCCCAGGGGGACAAGGUGGCCAGCGGGGAGGCGGCACCCAGAGGGGUGUUGUCAUCCCUCCUCAGUACUCUCCUGGCUUACCGGCUCUUCCCCCAAUCAGUCCCAAACUGAUCAGCUCACUCAGUAUUGCUGUCAUCCUGGUGGGCAACUCUAGUGAAGUAGCCCUGGGAGUUGGACUUGAGAAAGAGGACUUCCUCCACAUCCCUUACCCUCCCAAAGUCGAGGUGGUCACCAUGAAUGAGACCGACCCCAAGAGUAUCAUCAAUCGGAUCUGCGCACAAAUGACAAGGAACUCUCUGCAAGGUGUAGUGUUCGGCGACGACACGGACCAGGAGGCCAUCGCACAGAUCCUGGAUUUCAUCUCUGCCCAGACACACAUCCCAAUCCUGGGCAUCAGGGGAGGCUCCUCCAUGGUCAUGGCUGCCAAGGACGACCACUCCAUGUUUUUCCAGUUUGGUCCGUCCAUCGAGCAGCAGGCCUCUGUCAUGUUGAACAUCAUGGAGGAGUAUGACUGGUACAUCUUCUCCAUAGUCACCACGUACUACCCUGGCUACCAGGACUUUGUCAACAAGGUCCGCAGUACCAUCGACAACAGCUUUGUGGGCUGGGAGCUCGAAGAAGUCCUCCUACUGGACAUGUCAGUGGAUGACGGAGACUCCAAGAUCCAGAAUCAGCUAAAGAAACUGCAGAGUCCUGUUAUUCUGCUUUACUGCACAAAGGAGGAGGCUACCACUAUCUUCGAGGUGGCCCAUUCUGUGGGCCUCACAGGUUAUGGCUUCACCUGGAUCGUGCCCUCGCUGGUGGCUGGAGAUGCAGACCAUGUUCCCUCUGUCUUCCCCACAGGGCUUAUCUCGGUGUCAUAUGACGAAUGGGACUACAACAUCGAGGCCAGGGUACGUGAUGCAGUGGCUGUCAUUGCCACGGCGACCUCCACCAUGAUGCUGGACCGGGGGCCACACACCCUGCUGAAGUCAAGCUGCCUCGGGACACCUGACAAAAAGAGCUCCAACACCGGCCACUCCAAGGAAAUACUAAAGUACCUCAUGAAUGUUACAUUUGAAGGCAGAAACCUGUCAUUUAGUGAAAAGGGUCACCAGAUGUUCCCCAAACUGGUCGUCAUUCUUCUAGACAACGAGAGACAAUGGGACAGGGUUGGCAAGUGGGAGAGAGGCUCUUUGACGAUGAGGUACCAUGUAUGGCCCCGCUUCGAGCUGUAUUCAGGAGCGGAAGAGCGGGAGGACCACCUGUCCAUCGUGACUCUGGAGGAGGCGCCAUUUGUCAUUGUGGAGGACGUGGACCCGCUCAGCGGGACCUGCAUGAGAAACACUGUGCCGUGCCGCAAACAGCUCAAACUCAACAAUCAGACAGGUGAUUCAGGGAUUUACAUCAAGCGCUGCUGCAAAGGUUUCUGUAUUGACAUCCUGAAGAAGAUCGCCAAGGCGGUGAAGUUCACUUACGACCUCUACCUGGUCACCAACGGCAAACACGGCAAGAAGGUUAAUGGGACAUGGAACGGCAUGGUUGGAGAGGUGGUGUUGAAGAAUGCCCACAUGGCAGUGGGUUCGCUCACCAUCAACGAGGAGAGGUCAGAGGUCAUUGACUUCUCUGUGCCCUUCAUUGAGACGGGGAUCAGUGUCAUGGUCUCCCGUAGCAACGGAACCGUCUCCCCCUCCGCUUUUCUUGAGCCGUUCAGUGCUGAUGUCUGGGUGAUGAUGUUUGUGAUGUUGCUGAUCGUGUCGGCCGUGGCUGUGUUUGUGUUUGAGUACUUCAGCCCGGUGGGUUACAAUCGCUGUCUGGCAGAUGGCCGAGAGCCCGGCGGUCCCUCCUUCACCAUCGGUAAGGCCGUCUGGCUGCUUUGGGGUCUGGUUUUCAACAACUCUGUUCCCGUGCAGAAUCCCAAAGGCACCACCAGUAAGAUCAUGGUGUCAGUGUGGGCCUUCUUCGCUGUCAUCUUCCUGGCCUCCUACACUGCCAACCUGGCUGCCUUUAUGAUCCAGGAGGAGUAUGUUGACCAGGUGUCGGGUCUGUCAGACAAAAAGUUCCAGAAGCCUAACGAAUUCUCGCCACCAUUCCGGUUUGGCACGGUGCCCAAUGGGAGUACAGAGCGCAACAUCCGCAACAACUACCGGGACAUGCAUACUUACAUGACCAGCUUCCACCAGAAGAAUGUAGAUGAAGCGCUGUACAGUCUGAAGACCGGCAAACUGGAUGCCUUCAUCUACGAUGCUGCAGUGCUGAACUACAUGGCGGGCAGAGAUGAGGGCUGUAAGCUGGUCACCAUCGGGAGCGGCAAGGUGUUCGCCUCCACCGGCUACGGCAUCGCCAUCCAGAAGGACUCGGGCUGGAAACGAGCUGUGGAUCUGGCCAUCCUCAUGCUGUUUGGAGAUGGUGAGAUGGAGGAGUUUGAGGCCCUGUGGUUGACGGGCAUCUGCCACAAUGAGAAGAACGAGGUGAUGAGCAGUCAGCUGGACGUGGACAACAUGGCGGGGGUUUUCUACAUGCUCGGGGCUGCCAUGAUUCUGUCAUUACUCACCUUCAUCUGUGAACAUUUGUUCUACUGGCAGCUGCGCUUCUGCUUCAUGGGCGUGUGCUCCGGAAAGCCCGGCUUCACAUUCUCUAUUAGCAGAGGUAUCUACAGCUGCAUCCAUGGGGUACAAAUCGAGGAAAACAAGUCAACCAUAGAUUCACCCUCGGCCACCAUGAAGAAGAACAUGAACAACACCCACUCCAACAUCCUGCGGUUGCUCCGCACUGCCAAGGACAUGACCGCUGUCCCGGGCAUUAACGGCUCUCCGCACGCCGCUCUGGAGUAUAGCCACAGCGGUCGUGACUCGGCUAUCUAUGAUAUCCAGGAACACCGGCGCAGCUUGGUGGGUCACCCUGUAGACUGCAAGCCAGCGCCGCCCUACCUGCCAGAGGACAACAUGUUCAGUGACUACAUCAGCGAGGUGGAGAGGACUUUUGGCAACUUGCCCCUGAAGGACAGCAACCUGUACCAGGACCAUUACCUGCACCACCACCCGGCCUCGGCUCUGGGUAUGUCCGGCCCCCCGCCUAAUAGGCCGCGUAGCUUAGGCAGCGCUAGCUCGUUGGAGGGGGGCAUGUUCGAUUGCGACAGUUUAGGGGGAGGUGUAGCACCCAUCUUCACCACCCAGCCCCGCCCCUCCAUGACUCACAGGAAUACCAAUAAAUUUGACCUGAUUGCUGGCCACACCCCUGCGGAUUCCAACCAGGUUGGGUUCAAGGGAAACAAUGUGUACGGGAGGUUUUCUUUCAAAGGAGGCGCAUCCAGCACGGGGCUCAUCGGGGGUCAUGACAGGUACUGUGGUGGGGGUGGGGGAGGCUCAGGGGGUGAUGAUGGGAACAUUCGCUCUGAUGUUUCGGAUAUCUCUACGCACACUGUCACCUACGGCAACCUGGAGGGCAACAACAAACGGCGUAAGCAGUACAGGGACAGCCUGAAAAAGAGGCCAGCCUCGGCCAAGUGCAGACGGGAGCAGGACGAGAUAGAGCUGAGCGGCUUGAGGAGGAGAGCCCACCACCACACCGUCCACCACCACUUCCCCCACGGGCCCCAGGCACACCGCACGGUCUCACCUCCCCUGGAGCGGAAGAGGGGAGGAGGAGGGGGUAAUUCUUCACCUUACUUGUUCCGCAAAGACAAAGAGAACCUGAGGGAUUUCUAUGCGGACCAGUUCCGCUCCAAGGAGGGCAAGGCCAAGUGGGAGCAAGAGGGUGGAAGUGGAGGAAGCGGCGUGGGCGGUGGUAGUGGUGGUGGUAUCUGUAAAAGCUUAGUACCUGUAGAAGACUUCCUCAAAAGUAAAGGCAAGAAGCCGGAGUGUAAAGGUGGGCUUGGCAUAGUGUCGGCAGGGCAGCAGGCCCACACCUGCUGGGAGAAGGGGGUUUCUGGGAUAGGAGGGGGGGGCAUAGCAGGGGGUGACUGGGAGUGUCGUAACUGCCACAGUGUGUGUCACCAUGGUGGAGGCAUAGGAGGAGGCAGCACAUGCCCAGCUAGCGGGGUUGGGGGUAGCAGCAGUCGCCCCAGCUCCGCUAGCUGCAAACGCUGUGACUCCUGUAAGAUCCAGCCAAGCAACCUUUACAACAUCAGCGAGGAUAAUAACAUGGUGUUCGCUGGAGGGAAGAGUAGCGUAGGACCCAGCCAAACACAAACUCAGGCUCAGCGCAGGAAGCUAGGGCCAGGUGGGAGGGUGUUACGGAGGCAGCACUCAUAUGACACAUUUGUGGACCUGCAGAGGGAGGGGGCAGGCCGGAUGGGAGGGGUUGGUGGGGGUGUUGGGGGGCAGUUUCCCCAGCCCCGAAGUGUGAGCUUAAAAGACAAAGACCGCUUCAUGGAGGGCCCCAGCCCUUAUGCUCACAUGUUUGAGAGGUAUGCAGGUGAAAGGGAGUCUUCCAUGUUCGGAGGAAUAGGCGGGGAUAGGGCGAAAGGAGGCUCCUCCUUCAGUUUGUUCCGUGGAGGCGAAAGUGGGUUGCAUCAGCGGUCGGUGGGGGAGAGAGACCUGAGGGACAGAGAUAGAGCUAUGAUGGGAGGUGGGGGCUGUGGUGGUGGUGAUGGUGGUGGUAGCAGAGGGGCCGGGACUUACUCCUUGUCUAAAUCUCUCUACCCAGAUAAGGUGAACCAGAACCCCUUCAUCCCAACCUUCGGCGAUGACCAGUGUCUAUUACACGGUGCCAAACCGUACUACAUCAAAAAGCCACAGACGCAGCAACAGCAGCAGCAGCAGCAACUUCUCAACAACAGCCGAGGAGGAGGGGACUUCCGCAGCUCCAUGGGAGUGACUUCUUAUUUGCCCGCGUCCGCCACAGCUGGGGUGAUGUCCAAUGUGGCCCCCAGGUUCCCCAAAGAGCUGUGUCUGGGCGGGGUGGGAGGGCCCAUGGGGAACCACCACGGGGCCAGCAAGCUACUGCCUGUGGGCAGGGACACGUUAGGUUUGGGGCAGGGACAGAGACCCUUCAACGGUGCCAGCAAUGGACACGUUUAUGAAAAGCUCUCCAGCAUUGAGUCAGACGUCUGAGGGGGAAGAUGGAGGAAGAAAGAGAGAGAGAGAGAGAGAGAGAGAAGAUGAAGUGGGUGAAGAAAAGAGGGUGACAGAGAGAAAACAUACAUAGGAAAAAAGAGAGAAACAGCACCGGCUGAUGACCUCUCUGUGUGAAGAGAAUGAGGAGACACGAUACUGUGUGUGUUGUUCUCACUCCACUAAAUGGAAAGAAUUUGGACGAUGCAGAGGCCACUGCAGGCUAAGCUGUGGUGAAGUCCAGCGGGAGACAAGUUUUUAAUGAGAAGAGAGGAUUCUGGUGCUGCUCCGACACUCAGAGAAAGAUAGGGAGGGCAGGGAAAAAGUGAAAUAAAAUCUCCCGUCUCUGCUCUCUUCACAUGCUCAUUGUCUUUCCCUCCCUCCUGCAGUUCUUUAACACCAAAACAAACAUUUUGUUUAGCAACGGAAAUACAAUCAUGAAUGAGAAAUUAAUGCUUCGGUUGAAGUAACAGGGUAAACUAAUAAUAAUUGUAUUGAUAAUGUUGAUAAUAUUAUUGAAUAUUAUUCCAGUGUUUAAUGAUGAUUGGUUUGGAUUGUUUUUCAAUUUUAUUUAUUUAAAUAGUUCAUGUUACAUAUUUGUAUGAUGUUAAUUCUUUCUUAGCUUACCAAUAUUACAGGAGACUGGUAGACCAGUUUUUUGGGGUUCCUGUAAUUUGGACUCUUCUUUGCUAUUAAUUCUUCAUGUUUGAUUUUUUAUACUUUUCUUACUUUUGAGUGCUGUGAAGUGUAUGUGAAAGGCAUGACUUGCUAAGUACAUUCCAUGUACUCAGUACAUUUGCAAAGAAGGUCUUUUUUUUCAGCUGCAGAAGCAACAUCAUCAUACUGAUUUGCCGUUUCCUCUCGUUUUUCUUCUCGGCAGUACCAAAUGGAUCUCACAUUUUGAGCUGGAUGUGCCUUAAAAGAUUAAUAAACAAAAGAUCUGUUCUGUCGGUAGACAGAUCCACCUGCAAACAAUUAGUCAAGUGAUUUGAGAGUGAAAAUGUCUGGUAUGUGGGUAGAGUUUCAUGAACAUAACAGACUCUUAGGCAUUUAACAGAUUUUAUAAUACAAAGCAAAACAUAGGAAUUACUGCAGUCGAAGAAGCUUAAAUUCCUACAUAAAUCCCCAACAAUAAAAGUAACCAACAGCAGGAUUACAAGGGUUAAAACCACAGUGCCAUGAUAGAUGAACAUUCCUGUUCCCUCCAAAAGUCUGAUACGACAGAGCGGUGCCACUGUAUGUGAAGAAAUACGAUUUAGAAAUAAAAUAUGGAAGCUUCUUCUUUUACUAUUAACUCCACAAUGAAUCUAAUUUCCUUUAAAUCGUUUACUAAGAAGCUCAAUAAGCUUUAUCAUUCUUCACCUCCUUAAACCCCACUGUUCAUUUUUUUUCCAUAACAGAUGACCCAGGAACCAUCUAUCCAUUAAAUACAUGUAAAUCACAUUUAAUGUCCACUUGUUGCUCUCGUCGCGUUUCAGUGGGUCUGACUCAAUUGUCCGUGACAGUUUUGCUGUUUAGGACAGGAACAUAAUGGUCAGAGUAAGGCCUCCAUUGCUGGGAUGAGCAGCCUGGCACGUUAAUUAUUUGAUGAUUACGGCUAUGAGCCCUGCCUGCUGUAUUAGAUGGUCACAUUUGAAUGAUGAGAGGAGUACAAGUGUUGAACAUUUUCACUCUGCUGGUGUAAAGGACCACAGCAGCCUCAUAAUUUCAACCACGCUAGUACACAGUCCCAAAUAAUCUCAUGAUUUAGUCUUGAAAUUAUUCAUAAUUUACUUUACACCUUUAUAGCAUGUCAUUUCAUUUCGUCAUUUUUCUAACAAAGACAAGUGUUUCUAGCUUAGAAAUGGGGUAAAUAGUACAGAAUAUUUGUAAUCACUAUACAACUACUGAAUAGUGUUAUUUAAAGGAAUAGUUUGAUGUUUUGGGAAAUACGCUUAUUUGCUUUCUUGCUGAGAGUUACAUCAGAAGAUUGAUGUCUUUGUCAUGCCUGUACAGUACUUAGGAAGCUGCAGCCGGUUAGCUUAGCUUAGCAUUAUGACUGGAAACAGGGGUAAACAGCUAUCCUGGCUCUUUUCAAAGGUAACAAUCUGUCUACCAGCACCUCUAAAGCUCACUGAACAACACGUUAUAUCUUGUUUGUUUAAUCCAUUCAAAAAACAAAGCGUAAAAAUUACAUUUUGGAGGGUUAUCUACAGGACUUUCUUGUCAUCACCUGACGUUGCCAUGCAACCAAUCAGCCAAGAAAUAGUCCUACACGUAACCUCCCACAAAACCUUUGGUUUUUGUACAGAUUAAACAAACAAAAUAUAAUGUUAGUUAGUAAGCUUUGGAGGUGCUGGUAGGCGGAAUUUAUUACCUUUGGACAGGGUAGUUGUUUCCCCGUUUACAGGCUUUUCUUCCAGGCAAAGCUAAGCUAGCAGGCUGUUGGCUGUAGCUUCAUAUUUAACACAGAUAUGAGAGUGGUAACAAUCCUCUCAUCUAUCUCUGCAAGGAAAUGAAUAACCGUAGUUCCCAAAAUGUCAAACUUUUCCUUUAAGCUAUUUUCUUACUGUCCGAACAAGACAGCCAGGAUAUAUAAGUCUAUCCCUGUGUGGACUCGGUCAUCAUUUCUCCCAUUAUGUUGUGCAAACUCAUUUUUUCACCAAACACAACAUAAAAAAUUAUUUCAGUAUGUAUUGUAACCUUGAUUUCUCCCUCUACUGGACCAUAAUCUGUUUCACAUGCUGAGAUUUUGAUGAAGGAAAGAAUUUGCCCUCAAGUCCAAGGUCCUGUGUGGAUUGUGUCACCUGCAGACAUUUGAGAAAAAAAGAAUAAAAGAGGAAGGAGGCAGAAGAAAGUAAACAGUGUCCUAAAAGCAGGUGGUACAUUUAGUAAAAAGCUUUGCCUUUGUUACUGAUGGACUCGUAGUUAUUUUGAUCAAAAGGUGGCUCCCAAAUCCACAACAUCAGACACACCGGUCCUCUGCUCUAACACAUUAAAAAGACAAACAUAUAAGUUGUGUUUGAUUUACAGCCCUCUCUACCAUUAAAAUAUUAUAAGUUGCAAUUUAUGACAACUAUUCUCCAUUUCCAGUUAUUUAUUGUCACUUAAACCUGACUUUUAGUCGUUUCGCCAAACCAAAUUCUAAUACCUAAGCACAAUCUGACUGAAUGGAUCCAAUAUUUAGUUUGUUGUACAUCCCAGUCAAAACUUUAGAAGACUUUCCUUCUCUUGGUUGACAAGUCAGUAUGUAUGAUACUAGGGGGUCUCUAGUGUUUGUGAGGACUUGCAUGUAUACACUUAAUUUUUUUAUUUUUUUCUGUUUUUUAAUCUUAACUUUCAGCCCAGAAAAAAAUGGGCGUUUUUGAAAAAUAUUUGGAAUUUUAUCAAUUUCAUUGGUACUGAUGAUCCAUGUAGUACUGUAGGCGUGUGUGCGUGUGUGUGUGUGUGUGCGUGCUUUUUUGUGCAAGAGAAGACACCAAUCUAACAGUCUAAAUUUUGGUUAUACUUAAUUAAAUAUGGCUAAAUUUGAUUACAAAUUUCACUAGGAUAGAAAACAUUUUUUUAAUAUUAUAUUCAAAGAUUAAUUUUCUUGAUAGUUUGUGUAAAUGCUUUUAAACAAGGUUGAGGUCUUGGUUAAUACAUUCAUUGUCACUGAAGAAGCCUUCUUCGUCUCAACUACUUUUCCUAUUUUUUUCCUUUAAAUAUCUCAGUACGUUUCAUUAUUUCUGUUAUUGUAUGUGCCUGAAUACAUAUGCUUGAUUACCUCUGUGUGUGCUCAUAUGGAAGAGAGACAGAGUGCGUGUGAGAGAUAACUGUUUAUUGUACGUGUAUUAUAAACCAAUAUGUAAAUACUUUACCUCACGCUCAUGGACUUUUGAUAAAAACUGUACAAAAUGCCAGAGAAUAGAUCUAUUUGGGAUAAAUCUUUGAUUCGUAGGUCCCCUUGCAAAAUUGCUUUUGUACCGACUUCAGGCCAGGAUAUGUGCAGUCAUUUAUUAUUACACAGAUAAUGUGCACAUUUAAUAAGUCAAGGUUUGUUGAUGUGUUUUGAUUUUCUUUUUGGAUUGGGUCCAAGACCAGCUAAGAAGGUUGUUUUCUCAAAGGGAAAAUUGUAAAGCACCAUCAUUCAUUGGUACACAGAAAGCACAAUAGAUUAUCUAUUGCAUUUUUACAAGGUAGUCUCGUUUUUUUCCCCUCUUUGGAUAAUCUUCUGUUUUUGUGUUUGCCACAGAAGAUUGAACAACUCCACCCCCUGAGCUGUACAGAUUGUGAAAAAUGUACAUACCACAAAAAUCUAGUUCACCCUCGCAUUUUUUGUAUGGAGAGAAAUUACUUGUGUGAAGAGAGUAUUUCAAAUUUGAUUGAAUAUUUAGUAAUAUUGAAAAUGAGAUUAAACACAGUCAAUGUGAAAAUAAGUGCUGAGAAAUAUUAUUCUUCUGUCUCUUUGGAAUAAAAGUGUUGAGUAUUAAUAAAAAAUAAGAAAUCUCAAA